UAGUACGUAUGCACCACAUGUGUUUCAGCCAUUUUCACCGAGUGAGUUAGUUCACAUCGGAAAAUAAGGGAAAAUGGACCCGAAAAAGCUUGGGGAUCUGAUGGGGAGGUUAAGGUCAGGUGGAAAGGGAGCUGGAACAGGAAUUGGUUUGCUGGCAGCUGCAGGUGGCAUUGCAUACGGCAUCGCUCAAUCACUUUACACAGUUGAGGGAGGUCACCGAGCUAUCAUCUUCAGCAGAAUUGGCGGAGUACAGGAUGACAUUUACCCAGAGGGUCUACACUUCAGGGUGCCCUGGUUUCAGUAUCCCAUUAUCUAUGACAUUCGUUCACGACCAAGAAAAAUAACAUCACCCACAGGCAGCAAAGAUUUACAAAUGGUCAAUAUAUCUUUGAGAGUAUUGUCUCGCCCAGAUCAGAAAGAUUUGCCCUACAUUUACAGACAGCUAGGAUUAGAUUUUGAUGAGAGAGUGCUGCCUUCAAUAUGCAAUGAGGUGUUAAAGAGUGUAGUAGCCAAGUUCAAUGCAUCUCAGCUUAUUACCCAGCGUCAGCAGGUCAGUUUGUUGAUCAGGAAGGAGUUGACACAGAGAGCAAGGGACUUCAACCUGAUCCUAGAUGACGUGUCAAUCACUGAACUCAGCUUUAGUCGGGAGUACACCGCAGCUGUGGAGGCUAAACAGGUAGCCCAGCAAGAAGCUCAACGUGCUCAGUUCAUAGUAGAGAAGGCCAAGCAGGAGAGACAGCAGAAGAUUGUCCAAUCAGAGGGAGAAGCUGAGGCAGCAAAACUGAUUGGUGCAGCUAUUCAGUUGAAUCCUGGUUAUCUGAAGCUGAGGAAAAUCCGAGCAUCACAAAACAUUGCCAGAACAAUUGCCUCCUCCACCAACCGUGUAUACCUGAAUGCAGGCUCGCUGAUGAUGAAUAUAACUGACCCCGAGUUCGACAUUGCCGCUGAUGCUGCUGCCAAAAAGAAGAAAUGAUGAAAUAGCAAUAUAACUGUGAUUGUUUGAUGCAGAGUUAUCUCCCUUGACAUGUAGUUUUUAAUGCCUACAUUUUCAUCAUUACAUUCUGUGAUGAUUUAUUGUAAUGAUAAACAGGUAGAAUUUCCAGAAAGAUUAGAGCAUUAUGUCAAAAUGUUUCUUCAGCGCCAGGAUCCCAUGUUUGUUUCCCUGGGAUAGGAGCACUGUAUGUUCAUGUGAUUCACAAAAGUAUCUAUACAUUCUGGAUACAGGUGGCCUAGUUGUCAAGGCAACGCAAUUCACUGUGCAGAAUUAAGUCCCUUUUGCACACGGGAAACCUACGAUGAUUGGUUGGUGUCGAGAUUUACCCAGAUUGUUUGUCAGAACCAGACUGGUUGGUUUUUCUGAAGCGGUCGAUGUCUGGUACUGCCUCACCAUGGACCGAGAUAGACACUUUCUCACUUGACUCACUUCACUAACCUGUGUGACAUAACUGGAAAACAUUGUACGGUGCAAUUUGCAUCUCUUUUGAUUUGUUUGUAUUUCACGGAAGGUCAAAUUUUGUUGGUUCUGAUUUCACCAUUCAGUUCAUUUGCCAUUUUCAGAGUUUUUAGAUAUCAUCUAUCUUUUCAUUUCAAAAUUCACAAUUCAUUUUGAUAUCUCCAAAUACAUCAUACAAUAACCUUUAGUAGUCAAGGUGGGGAUAACUCGUGUGUGUGAUCUGUUGUGUACCACUAGUGAGAUGUUGCAUUAUUUUGUACAUACAAUUAUAUUCAGGAUAACAACAUAUAGCAACUCUGUGUGAAAAUAUUAGAUGGUGGAUGUAUCAGACUUGGCAUUAGCUUCAUUGUGAACGAGUCCGAUCAGAUUUUGUUAAGGAUAUAAUCAUGCAAAAAUGUGCAUGCUUGUUAUACAUAGUAUAUUAAAAUAUAAAGAGAUGUUGACAUUUCAUCGUUUCACAAUCAAGAUGGAUUCUAUUCUUGUCAAAGUGAGAGCAAGACAAUACAUUGUUAGUGCUGUUUUUGACAUAUUUUACCAACAUACAAAUCAGUGCUUUGAAAAGUGCAUUCUCAGUAAAUGUAUUCUUUUUAAAUGUUAAAUGAUCAAAGGUAAUAAAUGAAUAUUCAUGCU